UCCAGCAGCAGAGGAGGGCGGUGCUGUCAACGGUGUGUCUCGGGCUUGGAUGUGCGCAAGGCUGGAGCUCUGAAGCGUUGGGGCCUCGACACUUUAAUGGGACCCCGAGAGCCGGAUUGGAGUUCUACAUUUUCCCCCCACAAUCGUCGCUCCCCGGCCAUGCCACAAUGCUGAUGAUUUAUCUGCUGGUGUUGCUGAGCCUGUUGGAUCCCGUUACUCCCCGGGCCCGCUGCGCCCCGGGCCAGGCGUGCGACCCCCGGCCGCGGAGGGACGCCGGGGGCCGCGGAGGAGUGUACGAACACCUCGGAGGAGCCCCGAGGCGCAGAAAGCUCUACUGCGCGACCAAAUAUCAUUUACAGAUCAAUUCCAACGGGAAGAUAGACGGGUCACUGGAGGAAAACAACCCGUUGAGCAUCAUGGAAAUCACAGCAGUGGAUGUGGGAGUCGUGGCCAUAAAGGGCCUUUUCUCUGGCAGAUAUCUGGCCAUGAAUGAUAAAGGGCGGCUGUAUGCCUCGGAAGUGUUCAACCAAGAGUGUGAGUUUGUGGAGCGGAUCCAUGAGUUGGGGUACAACACCUACGCCUCCCGCCACCACUCCACGGAGCAGCCUCUGGCCCCAGGGGGGGGCAGUCGGCGGCGGGCCAGCGCCAAGCGGCAGUGGUAUGUCUCCAUCAACGGCAAGGGCCGGCCCCGGAGAGGCUUCAAGACCCGGAGCACGGACAAGGCCUCGCUCUUCCUGCCUCGGGUGCUAGGCAACAAGGACCAUGAGAUGGUGAGGCGUUUGAGGGAAAGUCAGAGCGCACAGCAUCACACGCAUCACAAUGGGCGCCGAGGGGAACGCCGGAGACGCAGACACCGGGCCAGGAAGGGCCGGGGCCGAGGGCCAGGGGACUGAGGGGCCCUCAGAAGGGCUGACUCAGCAACAUGGACCCUGAUGAGCACAGACUUUCGCAGAGGAGGGGACGCGUUGGGAUCCUGCCUGGAUUAAAAGAUCUGUUGAUGCACAGAGACAAUGAAAUAAGAGAAGAAGGAUAGAUAGUGUUGGGGCACACACUGAAAAAACUGAAACCGUGACUUUAAUUAAAUCAUGUCAACAGAAUACACAUAACCGAAUUAGGUUAGUUGAAAGUAUUAUGUUAAGUUGAACCUAAUGUUUUUUAUUUAAACUUACUAUUAAUGCUUUCAUCUAAUCUAAUGCAAUAAUGGGACAUUUGUUGACAUUAUACAUUUAAUGAAUUCGUUUUUUCACUGCACAUAUAUCAAAUCUUCCACUUCCAGGAGCCUGUGUCUCACACAGCGGUAUAAUCUCCUGUUCCCUGACAGCGCUACUGUCAGCCUGUAAACACGUGUUUAUGUAAAAUAAUUUUAUUACACCAUCACACGGAGAGAAAUCCUUAUAGAAGGGGUUCUAUUGUAAAUACAGUAUGCACUAUGCAUGUACAGUGACUUAUAGCUUUUCAUUUGUCAAAAGCUGUGAUGACAAACACGGUAUAUAAAACAAUAUUUUGCUCAUUUGAAGUGCUAACAGAUAUGACGGAUAUUUAAGAGAGGACUUUAAUCAGCAAAGCACUUUUGAUCAGAUUCACAUUAAGAAGCGGAGUAAACUCAGUCUGCUGUAUUUUUUGUAACAAUGUGAUAGUCUACUGUCUGUAAAAGGAGAGAUGUACUUUGUAUAUUUUUACUAAUGAUAUGAGUAUUUAUUUGGUGCCUGUGUUGUAAGUUAUUGAUAAUACUAUUUCUGCAUUUCA